ACAAACACGCGCGCGUUUGCUCCAGAGAAGAGGCGCCGUAUGCUGCGCACUAUUAUAAUAAAGAGCGACGGUCAUAAUGGUAGGCGGGAACGCAGGCACUUUCAGAUCAUGCAGCAUUCAUCGACGGACGAGGAUGGGCUUCCAGGGACAUCAUCUUAAAUCUUAUAUCCUCAUUUUCCCACCUCGUUCAACUCUCAUUCAGCAGUAUGUUUCCGCAUUCCCAUGGCGUGCUUAUUUUUGCGUUAGUGAUCCAUCUCUACACAAAACCGGUUUCACCUGAUCCUCCGCUACGUUAGCACUCACAGCGCUGACUGAAAGAGAAGAGGGCGAAAGAGAUCCUAGAAGGAUCGCGGCGUCCGGACACCCAUGAAGGAUCCGCACAGUCCCCGAAUCAUCGUCUAGGCUGGGGCUUAUUGCGGCUGCCGUGUAUUCUGCCUACCGUGGCGUCUGUAGCUGGGACCAGGAAUAAAGGCUUGGGAUGGAGGAUUGUUGUCGCGCCUGUAUGCCAUGCUUGAACAGAUUAUGGAACAGGAUAUGGCCCGAAAUUAACUACCCAGACGUCGGUCGACCGGCCGAAAUCCCCACCGUUUCGGGUGACAUACGGAUCCCGGUUCCGAAGAAAAAGCCGACGCAGCUGUACGCUGCGCUGUACGACUUCGAUGCCCGAAGCGAGGAGGAGCUGACUAUUAAAGAAGGUGACAAGCUGUCGGUUAUCGAAAAGAGAGGGGAAUACGUGCUAGCUAAAAAACUCACGGGCAGCCUGGAAUCUGGUCUGGUGCCGGCAAAUUAUGUUGCGCUGCUGCAAGAUGAAUUCGCCAAAUACAAAUGGUACUAUGGGAACAUAAACAGAGAGAAAGCUGAGAAGCUGCUGAUGGCGCCCCAGAAUAAAGCAGGUUCUUUCCUGGUCCGAAUCAGUGAGAGCCACAGUAAUGAAUACACCAUCUCAGCCAGGAACGAAACAAAUGUCUUCCAUUUCCGUAUCCAUCGUUCUGGGCUUGGUGCUUACUAUGUAUCGGAUAAGAUCUCCUUUGGAACUUUGGAUGAGCUUAUCAGAUACUACCAGAAUAACCCCAAGAGUCUGGGAUGCCACCUGGUGCAGCCGUGUGUACAGCAGAGGGAGCUCUUUGACAUGGAACCAUGGGAGAGGCCAAGAGAAGAGUUUCAGCUAAGCAGGAAGCUGGGGGAAGGGCACUUUGGUGAAGUAUGGGAGGCAGUGUGGACCACAACAAACCAGAAAGUGGCCAUCAAAAUGCUAAAACAAGAGGACACUAAAUUGGAUGAGUUUGUGAAAGAGGUCCAUGCUCUGAAGAAUCUGCACCAUCCCAAGCUGAUCCAGCUCCUGGCCCUGUGUACGAGGGGAGAGCCUGUCUACAUCAUCACCGAGCUCAUGACCAAGGGCAGCCUCAAGUCCUACCUGGCCACUCCAGAGGGACAGCUUUUGACCUCGGCUCACCUCAUCUACAUGGCUGCUCAGGUGGCAGAGGGCAUGGCCUACUUGGAGGACCGCCAUAUUGUGCACCGGGACCUGGCCGCGCGCAACAUCCUGGUGGGAAGCGACCUGGGGUGCAAAGUGGCUGACUUCGGCCUUGCUCGCAUUAUAAAGGACAGCGUAUACACGGCCAGCAGGAACACCAAGAUACCUGUGCGCUGGACGGCUCCAGAGGCAGCCCUGCACCAGCGCUUCUCUGUUAAAUCGGACGUCUGGUCCUUCGGAGUGCUGCUCUACGAGAUGAUGUCACGGGGAAAAAUGCCAUAUGAGGGUAAGACCAAUAAGGAAGUGCUGGAGAUCUUGGCCUCGGGGUACAGGUUGCCGUGCCCCAGCCGGUGCCCGCCCAACAUCUACCGCAUGAUGCAGGAGUGUUGGGCUGCUGAGAGCUCCAAACGGCCCUCCUUUCAUGCCCUGCAUAGUCAGCUGGACAACAUCUACUCCAGGAUCUACUUCAAAACCAUUGAGGUUUAGAGCCAGGGUGGGACCCAGUCUAAGGAUUGAAAGAGGGGGGAGACAGAAGGACAAGAAGGUGCAGGAGACCUUUGAAUUGCACUGCUACUGAAGCUAACUUACGUCAAAUCGAUGGUUUGGUAGAUGCCCUACCAAAAUGAUGGCAUCUUCAGCUGUAUUUUUCCCCCUCUUAUUUGUUAAUGGUGUUUGUAUAGACUGUAUUAAAUGACAUAUGCAAUAAUGAUGCUAAGGUUGAGGAGAUGAACAGGAAAAAGCUUCAUACUUCAAUGCCAGGUUUACCAUAUCCUGUGCCGUCAGCAACAGCUGAUGUCUUGCUGUUUAUUGUAUUAUACAUUAUUGUCAAAGGAUGCACAUGCUGCAGUCCCUAGCAGUGUUCAGCCUAUACUACAGGCUACAGUCAGUCUGACCACACAGAGAAUUCAAGAUGAGUAUCUGGACCUAUAGGAACUAAUCUUAUCUGAUAUCGGGUGAGUGUUUUGUUUACCAGUGAUUUCACCUGCCAACUGUGGACUUUCGCACACUGAGCAAUGGAGCCAGCAAACAGGAUAUCUAAGACUGUUACAUCUAAUCAGUGGAGAUUUAAGUUGGAUCUGUGGUAAAUCUCUAUGAAAAAAAGACUUGCUUGCGUCUGUUUCAGAUAUGCAAAUCUGAGCACUUAUACUGUGGUGAGGUGGUGAAGCUUAAAAACAGGAGCUGCAGGAGUUAAAAAUCUCUUGACCAUCAUUUUGAUGCCUCUUACUCAGUUUCACAGAAAUCAUUUCUGUGACCAGUGUCUUCCUGUUCAUUACAAGAGAGAUGGAUUAUGCAACAUUAACUAAAGAUAUUUUAAAAUAAAAUAUUUUUUGAAUA